AUGGCAUGCAAAUGUGCCCAAGAGCACGAAGAGCGCGACAAGGUUGUUGCUUAUUACUGUAGGUUUUAUUUGUUAUAUGUUAUUAAGCACAGGCCGCAUGUACGCCGUUCAAACAGGCGUAAAAAUUGACGCGAAGUCAAAAGAAUGCUCGGCUUUCCUUGGUGCAUUAUUAGAUAAUCUGGACGCAAUGAAACUUGCACUUAAGAAUGAUGAGCGCAUUUCGUCAGAACUCCACGGCCAGGCAUACAUCGAAGAGUAUGCGCAGAAGUUGUUCGCCUUUGCGUUUAAGCGAGACGAAGCUUCCGACUUUGGCCCGUAAUUUGGCGAUAAACACUAAAUACUUUUUAGUGCCACAAUAAAAUCUUUUAUGACUGCAGGAAUUUUGAUGGAUGUACUAUCCUUCUUUGGCGAAGUUCCCGCAGAGGUAUAUUUCCUUCCUGACCGUCACUUUGCCAGAUUGUGAAGGCUCGGAAGUACGCAAAGUAUAAGGCUCUUUAUAUAAAAAGAUGCCUGGAUAAUGGUGAAGUUCCCGUUGCGGGUCCCGCUUCUGUUGAUGAUGCAUCUUCGGUUCCCGGUAAGAUGGUUGCGCUUUUCUCCUUUACAACCGUUUGAAAAGAAUUGAUACAUGCUUUAGAAGUAAACACUUAAUCAUAAAUCUCCCCAAAGAAUUAAAACAUGUCUGCGAAGUCAUUUUCAAAGGAACAGAUGCCCUUCUUAGUCUAAGAUAUGACUGGUUCCUGUGGCGAUGUCAUCCUCCACGCAGCUCUAAUUAAUUUCGACAGACGGCGGCUGACCUCAUCUUUAGGGGCGGGUUUUGCGGUGACAUUACUUGUCGACGGACUGGUUAAUCAGGCCUGUAGGCGACCUCUUACCUUGAAUCUCGCGGGGUGUUUAACCACGGUUUUGCGAACCUAAUUGGCCAGGCGCAGUGAAGGCAUGAUAUUGUCGGGUCUGCCAAUUAUUGUCGCCAUCAGGGGGACGAAACAACGAAGACCACGGUGGGAUGGAGUUACACUUAAAUAAUUUAGAUUUAUGCUUCUCCUACCUCUGUGCUUCCUUAAGAAACUACAAAAUUAGAUAAAACACUAUAAUGUGCUUGGGGAUUUGUAGGAGAACCAGCAGUAUCAUUAACCAACAAACUGAAUAGUCGGGGCCUUCUUUUGCUAGAGAUUUCCACGGGUUUUAUCCAAGACCAAACAGAGAGCUGAACAGAUAUUUGUGGAGAAAACUAGAGGGGAGCGAGACGACUCGAAAAUAAAAAUCGGACAGAAACAUCUGAAAUGGAGCGAAGACUUGGUGCCAAGAUUAAUUACCAGACGGGAUUCCUUGCAGACUUUCAUAAGGUAAGAAGGUGGAACAUUUUCCCAUCUCCCAUACAUCGGGGUCAUGUUGCCGCCAGAAGAACGGCUUACUGACGUCCUAAUUUUCCAAAUUUAGGCCGCCGUUGCAAUAUCCGUAUCGUCACCGAAUCCACGUUUACAGGGCAUCAGUCGGGAGUACCGCAUUGUGCGCGUAGGAGCACAGCAGGAAUCGGAAUUCCCUGAUCACUAGUGUGCGGAUUUCGUCUCAGAUGAGACAGUACACACGCGCUGUGAUAACAUCGUGAGGAUAUUGUGUACCACCUAGAGGCAUAGGCGAGGCGCUUUCAACACGUCUUUAUCGCUCGCUCCAUAAGUGCAGUGCUGCCACUUUGAAUUCAACAUCUCUGUCCCAAUCGAGUUUUCGAAGAACAGCUCCAAAUAUCUCAAAAAAAGUCUAUCGGACCAUUUAGAUGGUUCUUGGACUUUCGGUUUUCGACUUCCGUCGCUGGAGAAGAUAUUAGGCCGAGCUCUCCAGAUCCGCGACUCCUGAUUAUUGUGCGAAGUAGUACUCAUCGUGACAUCACCGGGGCCCGUUUGAUCGGACACAUGAUCACAUCUGUACCAAGUGAGUGAAGUACAAGGGUUGGGCUAAUUUGGGGACCCGUUUCCCCGUUGUGAAGUUGUAAACCAAGGAGCCCGUUGUCAGGAGCAUUUAAACCUGACGCCUUACCACCUGAGCCGCGGGCCGCGAAUCAACCGCUCUGUACUGAUAAGAACCGGGCAACUUAAAUGCCCAGUGUUUACUCUUUCCGCCUUCAAUUAGCCAACACCAAAACCAAAGUCUGGAAGAUUCGGAAUCACCACUCUAGCCAGUACCGUCGUGGAAACCUAAGUCAAACACUACAGCCGAACUACGGGCCUCGAUCCCGCCCACGUUGAAGACCGUGCAGGUGAUUUGCAUGUAGCCCUAAUCGGUCGGACAGCAUCCCAGAACAAAGCAGUUCUCUAAAUUUUGCGACUGCAUACGAAAUCCUAACUCGCCCCCCCCUCCCCCCAGGGCGUGUGCGCUCUUACCGCAUAUACACUGUUUCAAUGAGCGUUACGCGCAAUAGUAGCUGGCAGAAUGUGGCCUCUUAGGUCAAUAGUUCGAAGGUCAGUAGCUAAUAUUUACAUCAAAGCUAACAGCCCACGUUCAAAUCUCACGCCGCACAGCCUGCGUUUGAGGUUUUACCUACUCACGACUACGUCCCUGACUUUGUCGGAGCGCCGCUUUGGGGCAUGCAUAGAUGAAGGUUGGUCACUAGGGUCGUCCCUUUGGCCAAAGCCGUUGAAAGAAGCAGCUGUACAAAACAUUUCGGAUCGUAAACCUCAUGCACUCACUGUAGUAAGCACAUUUGCGUUUUUUUUUACAAAAAAUCCAAGAGUGCUUUUUACCGUCAAACUAACGGCGAGCCUGACACUGUUACGCGUUGACUAAAACAAACAUCUACAAAGUAUCCGGAAAGUCUUCGUUUUUUAAAACUAGGAAACCAUCACAAACCAUACUUGGGAAACCGUUAUGACAGUCUUUUGAAGUGAUAUUUGAUUUUAAGAACGAAACCAGCGUUGCCACUGCCCAUAACCAUCACGGUGAAACUUACCAAGCAAAAUCGUGGUUAGCAUCUUUCCAUACGAGACGUAGGAUUGACUUGUAGGCCGUUUCAGGCAUCUGAAGUAGCGUGACAUAGCCAGCGGUUGGGCGGUGGAUAUGCUAUAAAGAGCCGCAGGUUUCAACUUAAACGUAACAUUUCCUAGAACGUAGAGACCAGACCAAGCAGAAGGAAAUGCAUACAGUUGGCAAGACAGCGCGUGCGAUAUGACUGAUUCUGCGUCAUUGUCUACGCAGCCUUCCGGUUUCCCACCCUGGUCCUCAGCUGCCUCGUGACCCGGACGGGAGUCGGCUUCAUAAAUGUGGAUUGCAUGAGAAACCUCGGCCACUGGCCUGUGAAAUGGGACAGUUGACAGAACAAGUGGCCGAAUGGAUGAAUUUUCCCGGGUAGCUCAGUCGUUCACAAUCCGCUCGGUUAGAUGAGAGGCGCAGACGGCGCCCCAACGGGGUCACUGCCGAAUUUUCCAUAAGCUAUCGCGUUUAUAGUCAUGUUCCUGGGACAAAAAUAUGCAAAAAUUCCCAUUCGUUUUGCCGUUAUCUUCCAUCGGCUGUAUUCUGCCCAAAAUAUGUGCUAAAAACCAGUUGGUAGACCAACAGGCAGUUCGGUUUACAACUUUCUUAGACUUAGACUGAUCAUUCUUACAUUUUAUACUCUCCACUCUAUCUACUGCCUUUUGCGUCCCUCAUCCAUCUAUCCACCCAGGUGGUAACUUCUGCGUGAUGUCUAAAACGGCGACUUACGAAACCAGAUGCACGGUCUUUGCACAAUCAGAGCCACUCAGACACUGGUUCCUACUGCAUCCCCUGAGCUGGUGGCAAUAACGUUGCGGUACUUUGUAGGUCUACAUGAUGUGACGAAUGAUGUUUCAUGGUAAUUACAAGUAGUUAGUAGUCGUGGAAGCCGGGUACAUCGGCCUGACUUCAUGUUGGGCUAGAUUGAAGUCAAUUUUCCUGCCGCAUUUUAUUACCGUCACAUUUUCUUUCUGGCCCAUACUGGCGCACCUUCAGCGCGGUCACUUCCGACUGACUUUAGAAUCCUAUCUCUUACCAAGUGGUUUCUACCUCCUUAAGGAAGUAGUCUGGGGGGUUUAUGCGCUGUGGGCUUCAACUACCGAAGAAGCAAACGCGCGUCCUAAUUUUAUGUUUUUUUAAAAACGUCAUCUGUAGGUGAUGUUAAUCUGGUUCUUGUAUCCCUGUUUUGCCGCGUCCUUAAACAUCCUAAAUCGGGUCUGGUUUCUGGCAUGCGUUAAGAGAACCACGUGCCGGCAGACAGAAUCAGUCUGCAGAGCUCGAAUCUGCUGUUGUUUUGUGUUCACCUUGAGGCUUCUGCUGUUCGCCUGUUUAUCACGAUAAUCAGCCAGGAGCCAUUUUACCUAACUACCGCGGUCUGUCCCUAUCUUACCUCUUCCUUGCAGAUCUCAAGAGCCUCUCUAAGCCCACGGCGGACGCCAAACCCACCUCGCAGCCGCCGGCACCCCCUAAGGAGGCUUCCAGCGGAAGUCCUGGGAAGGCGGACAGCUCCCAGGCUUCGCCCUCCAAGGAGCCGGCCCAAAGUGGGGGGAAGUUAGACCCUAAGCUUACUGCAUUAGCCGUAAAGCAUGCCAAGUACGCCAUCAGCGCAUUGGAUUAUGACGACCGGACCACUGCCAUUAAGAACCUCCAGGAGGCCCUCAAGUACCUGACCACUCAGUGA